UGUUGGUUAAAUUAAGUGAAGAAAUUAAAAACUACAUGAUAAAUUUUCCAAAAUAUUUAUAAAUAAUAUAUAAAGUAUGAAUCAAGCAGAUGUAACGAAAUUGGUGUCUCAAUUAAAAAUUGCUGUGCGAAGUCGCCAACGAAAUUUGAAGAAUAAAGAUGGUCCCGAAGGAAGGUUAAACAAACUUCGAAAAACUGUUACGGCAUUAAUUAAACAUGAAAGGAUUGAAUUAAAUUAUAAUCGUGCUGAUGAAGCAAGAGGUUAUGCUGAAAGAUUGAUUUCUGAUGCGAUACGUUAUGGUGAGAAUCACAGACCAACUGUUGAAAUAGCAGACUAUUGGUUGACCGAAAAGCCAUUAAUGUAUAAGCUAUUCCGAGUAUUAGUUCCCAGAUUUGAGAAUUGCAAUACUUCUUUCACUAAAAUCUAUAGAGCACCGAGGGAAUAUCAGGAACGAGGAUAUAGUAGAUCCGUUUUAGAAUUAAGAGGAAAUCCUUACCCAUCCCUAUUGCCCGAUUAUAGUUUAAAUAGGAACUUAUUACAUAACGUUUUAUUAGAUGAAGCUAAAAAGGAAUUUAAUAAAGAAAAAUUGCAGGCAUUACAAACACAAUUAGAAAAUAGUACUACGGCCACUAAAGCAACUACUACAGAAGAAACAAAGCAGGAGAAAGAAACGAAAUAAAUAAUUUUUUAUUUGAUUUAUUUGCCUUAAAUAACAAAUUGUACGGUUAGCAAAAUUUUUUAAUGGAAAAAGAAAACAAAUGAGCAAAAUAAUUAGCUAAUAUUUUUUU